UCGGGAAUAAUAACAAGGAGAGAGAGAGAGAGAGGGGGCUGCCUCUUGUUGGUGCAAUAAUAAGCACCAAACUCCCAAUACCAAAACCCCUUUUGUUUCUUGGGACUGCUACUUCUGCUCCCUGCUCAAAAACCCACAAAAAAAAGAAAUUUUUUUUUUUUAUAAAAAUAAUAAGAAUUAUAAAAAGUAUAAUCUUUCUCGUUUAAAGGAUUUUACAAGAUUCAAUAACAAAAAAAAGGGAGAUAAAUAAGGAGCACUUUGAUGGACAAUGAAGUGUAUGUAGACCAACAAGUGCCAUCUGGUGUUCUUACAAGUAUAAAGUUCAAAGUUCUAUCUGAGGAAGAUGCAGAGAAGGCAUCGGUGAAGGAAAUUGCUGUUGCGAAUGAAGUUACCGACCCUGCAUUGGGAUUCCCAAAUCCCGCAUCACAAUGUCAUACAUGUGGUGCCAAAGAUUACAGAACCUGUGAAGGUCACAUGGGUUUAAUCAAAUUUCCUUUUACAAUACUUCAUCCAUACUUCUUACCUGAAGUGGUACAAAUUCUGAAUAAAAUCUGUCCCGGAUGUAAAAACCUCAUAAAAGAUAAGGCCAAGAAAGGUGGACUGAUUCAAGUCCUGAAAAUUUGUAAAUAUUGUGAUAAAAGCUUCAGAGACGAUUAUCCACCUUUGAAGUUCAAGGUAUCAACAAAGGAUGUCUUUGGUAAGUCUGCAAUCAUUGCAGAAAUCCGAAGCUCAAAAAAGCUAAUUUCAGAUAAAAGUUUACCUCAUGAUUAUUGGGAUUUCGUUCCCAAUGAUCCUCAACAAGAAGAAUCGUUUUCAACUUUUAAUCGAAGAGUUCUUACACAUGCACAGGUGUAUGAAAUAUUGAAAGAUGUUGAUCCAAGCUUUCUUAAAGGAUCUUUAGGAAAAAAGAACAAGAUUUUUCUCCAAAGUUUCCCUUUGACACCCAACUGUCAUCGUGUCGCAGAGUUUGGUCAAAACUUGACUUUCGAUGAGCGCACUAGGGCAUACAGAAGAUUGAUAGGUUUUCGUGGUACAGCGAACGAGCUGAGUGCAUGUGUACUCGAUUGCAUAAAACUUUCAAAGAUACGAGCAGAAAAGCCUACGAUUCGUGAUCCUGAUUUGACUGAUGAUAAUCCUGGCAAGAUGCAUGCAUUGAAAUACAUAAAAGAAGUUAGUCUGGGAAAAAGAACUGAUUUUUGUUUCAGACUGGUGUGUGUUGGUGACCCGUACAUAAGGCUUGACGAAAUUGGUAUUCCCCGUGAUAUAGCCGAAACAAUGCUUGUUUCCGAACAACUUAAUUCUUUAAAUUGGGAAAAAAUAAAUGAUUCUUGUGGUUUAAGAAUCCUUCAACGUGGAGAAACUUUUAUUAGACGCAGAGGCGGUUUAGUUCCCGUUAGAUACGGAGAUCGGUUGCGUAUAGGGGACACGGUAUAUCGACCUCUUCAUGAUGGAGACAUUGUUUUAAUAAAUAGGCCACCAUCUAUUCAUCCUCAUUCACUCAUUGCUCUCCGGGUCAAAGUUCUUCCGGUCAAGUGUGUUCUUUCCAUUAACCCUCUUAUUUGUUCCCCUUUAAGAGGCGAUUUUGAUGGUGACAGUCUUCACGGUUACAUUCCUCAAUCUUUAGAAUGUCGGGUCGAGCUUAGAGAGCUUGUUACAUUGGAAAACCAGUUGGUUGAUAAACAAAGUGGCAAGAAUCUGUUAUCUUUAAGUCAUGAUAGUUUGACCGCUGCCCAUUUGAUGCUGGAAAAUAAGGUUUUUUUCAAUCGCCCGCAAUUGCAACAGCUCCAAAUGUUUUGUUCACAUCAGCAUCCUGAAUUGCCGGCUAUAGUUAAAAAGUUAAAGGAUUCACCAACUGUGAUGUCUAGUUUAUGGACUGGGAGACAGUUGUUUAGCCUCAUUUUGGCUAAAGAUUUUGAACUUAGCAUAGAGAAGACUCAGAUUAAGAAAGGGGAAUUUGUGAGUUUGUUAAAUCCGUCUUCUUGCUUACAAGGGGGUGAUGAUAGUAUAUACGGGUAUUUGAUUAAAAAUUUUAAAGGUGAGGAGGUUCUUGAAUUUCUUCAUUCGGCUCAACAAUUACUUAUUGAAUGGCUGUCAAUGAGGGGAUUUAGCGUGUCGUUAUUGGAUCUUUACUUGACUUCUGAUUCACAAAAUAAUAUGAAUGAUGAAGUUCUUUAUGGGUUAUGUGAAGCCGAGAGGCAAGCUCAAGGGCAGCUGUUAAUGGUGGAUGCUCAUCAAGAUUUUCUGGCUGGAAACUUUACAGAAAAUGAUGGUUACAACGAGUUGGAGUCUGCAAAACUGUGUCAUGAUCAGCAAACGUCGGCGGCAUUAAGUCGAGCAUCAGCUGCUGCGUUUAAGGAAGCGUUCCGGGAUCUUCAAAAUCUUAUCUACAAUUAUGCGACUGACGAGAACUCGUUUUUAUCUAUGUUGAAGGCAGGGAGUAAGGGAAGCAUGUUAAAGUUUGUCCAGCACAGUAUGUGUGUCGGCUAUCAACAUUCGUUAGUCCCACUUUCUUUUCACUUUCCUCGUGAUUUUUCUUGCGUUUCAUGGAAUGAUCAUAAAAGAGCCGAUUCAUCUUUUCCUUCGGGUGUGGAUAAAUACAUUCCAUAUGGUGUUAUUAAGAGUUCGUUUAUGUCGGGCCUGAAUCCGCUGGAGUUCUUUGUUCAUUCUGUGACAACUAGGGAUGCUUCAUUUGGUGGCCAUGCGGAUAUAUCGGGAACGUUGUUUCGGAAACUUAUGUUUUUCAUGCGGGAUAUGUACAUUGCAUAUGAUGGGACUGUGAGAAAUUGUUACGGUAAUCAGCUUGUACAGUUCUCUUAUGAUUCCAAAAAUGCUCCUGUUCAUACAAAGUCUCUUUUGGAUAAGGCGGAGUGUGGGGCCCCUGUUGGUUCUUUGGCUGCAUGUGCAAUUUCCGAGGCAGCUUAUGGUGCUUUGGAUCAGCCAGUCAGUGCACUGGAGAACUCGCCCCUGCUAAACUUGAAGAAAGUUCUUGAAUGUGGUGUUAGAAAACUCCGUGGUAACAAAACUGGGUCGCUUUUUUUGUCUCCAAAACUUAAAAGAUGGAAUAACGGAUUCGAAUAUGGAGCAAUAGAUGUUAAGAAUCAUUUAGAGAAGCUAUUCUUAAAAGAUGUUGUGUCACUUGUCAGCAUAUUCUAUUCACCACAAACCGGCAAACAAUCUCGCAGUAGUCCUUGGAUUUGCUAUUUUCGUAUACGCAAGGAAGCUGCUAGUAGAAAACAACUAAAAGUGCAGUCGAUUAUCAAUACUCUGAAGCUCAAGUGUGCUGACUCUACCACUUCCAGGAAGUUAAAACUCAGUCUACCAAAGUUACAGAUAUCAUCCAAAAAUUCUCCUGAAGAUGGCACUAUAAAUGAGACAGAUGAGAAUAUAUUUAUCACUGUUCAAAUAGUUGAUAGCUCAAACAACCCAUUGAAUACACUCCAAGAUGUUGUGGUGCCAUUUCUUCUGGAGACGGUUAUAAAAGGAUCCCCAAAUGUCAAGAAAGUGGAUAUUGUAUGGAAAGAUGGUCCAAAGACAUCAAAGUCUUGCAAAGAUUCUUUUGGUGAACUUUACUUGCGUGUUUUCAUGUCGGAAAACUGUGAUAGAAAGAAUUUUUGGAGGCUCCUAACGGAUGAUUGCAUCCAAAUAAUGGACAUGAUUGAUUGGGAACGGAGCCAUCCAGAUGACAUCCAAGAUGUGAUUUCGGCUCAGGGAAUAGAUGCAGCUAGAAACCAUUUUCUUCGUACACUGAAAUCGGCAAUAGAAGAUACAGGUAAAGACAUACUUCCGGAACAUUUGGCUCUUGCUGCCGACUGUUUAUCUGCCACGGGAGAGUUUGUUCCAAUAAAUGCCAAAGGGCUCUCCCUACAGAGAAAACUAGCAUCUGUUUCUGCACCUUUUUCUCAAGCCUGUUUUGCUAAUCCAUCUGAUUGCUUUUUGAAAGCUGCUAAAAGUGAGGCUUCAGACAAACUCGAGGGAACUAUCGAUGCAUUAUCAUGGGGAAAAGUUCCAGCUCUUGGGACUGGUGGAAGAUUUGACAUUAUAUAUUCCGGGAAGGAACAUGAAAUUGAUAAACCAGAAGAUGUGUACAGUCUCUUGUGUAAAAAUAUUGAUACUACUGAAGAUAAAGUUGAUGUCAAAGGCACAAUCAAUAAAAUUCCAGUCCCGUUGCCAUAUCCUGAGUUUGCUGCAGACGGGAUUAGUGAUUUAAUGAAAAUGGUGUUGAAAAAGCAUAUAUCUGCUGACGAUAUCAAGCGGUUAUCAAAAGAUUUGAAGUAUAUACUAUACAAGUAUGAUGUUAAUAAAGAGUUAAGCCCAGAUGACAAUCUUGUUGCAUGUAAAGCUUUAUGUUUUCACCCUCGAAAGAAGGAGAAGAUUGGAGACGGAGUUUAUAGAAUAAAGGUCGGUAACAACUCCCAGUAUGGAAGUACACGUUGCUUCAUUGUGGAGCAAGUAGAUGGAACAACUGAAGAUUUCUCUUAUCAUAAAUGCAUACAUCACGCGUUGAAAUUGAUCGCUCCUAAAGAAGCAAAACUUUACGAGACGAGAUGGUUGAACGGCAAAGAUUGACUCUUUGUCCAUUUUGUGGGUUCCCAUUUACAUGAUGGGAGAAGAACCGAAGGUUUGACUAUGUGUGUGUUGUUUAAUAUUUCUUUUCACUUUACAUAAGUAUGGGAAGAUGUUCUUCAGCUUCUUUUUGCUGCUUCCACUGAAAUUUGUUUGCCGAAAAGACAGGGCGAGGAAGUCUUAGUGGAAGUAGCAACGAGAAGCUUGGAACAAUCAAAUAAUCCCUUUGUUUACAUAUGUAUGUUGUAUUUCGCUUUUGUAGUUAACCUUGAAACAUCCGAAGUUAUUAUCAUCAUCUAUUAUUUUUCA